AUGUCCUAUCCUCAACGCUUCCCCUCAGACAAUCCCCUCGUCACCGUCACCCACCCCACGGCGACGACCUGGGUGCUGGAGAUGCACAAUGGCGAGGACAGCCGUUUCACUGAUCACUUUAUAAACCAUGCUUUCAUGCCUGCUUUGGACGCCGUAGAGCGGCAUUGGCGUCAAGACUGGCGCAUCGCAAAGGCAAAUAAGGACAAGGAAGGCGGCAAGGGCACCCUCGUCAUUGUAGGCAAACGAGGUCAAGACAAAUUCUUCAGCAAUGGUCUUGACUACGACAAUAUCAUGAAUGAUCCAGCUUACAGGAUUAGUUUCUUCCCCAUUAUCAUGAACCCUUGCUAUCGCCGACUCAUCGCUUUCCCUAUCCCCACUGUGGCUGCGAUCAACGGCCAUUGUUUCGCUGGUGCCAUGUGCCUUGCCCUCUGCUGCGAUUACCGCGUUAUGACCGAUGGCAGUAGCCGCCGCGCCUGGAUGUGUAUGAACGAAGUGCACUUCGGCUCCGGUUGGCCACUGUCGCUCGCCGCAAUCACGCGUAUCAAGGUCACGGAUGCCCGUGUGCACCGCAAGAUUGCUCUCGAAGGCCAUCGCUUCACCCCAUCGGAGGCCCUCGAAGCGGGCAUCAUCGACUACACAGUGAAAGGCGACACGGAGGCUGUCAUUGCCAAAGCGCAAGAAGUCGGUGAAUCCGUGAGUGGCAUGGCCAGAGAGGGCUCGUGGGGUACCAUCAAGCGCGAUCUCUACCGAGAUCUUUUGGAGGCAUGCGCAAGGGAAACACGACCUUCCAGCGUCAUCAUUGACGAAGCUGAAGCAAAGGCCAGGCUCUAG